UACUCCCAAGCCCUGUUCAUCUCAAGAGGCCCCUUUUGUGAGGAGAUGAUGAGGAAAUGUGAUUCUCUGCCAUGUCUCAAUGGAGGAGUGUGUCAGAACACAAUGCCAGGAUAUAUCUGCAGUUGCCCAGCUGGUUUCAUUGGACACAACUGUGAGAUCAAUUUUGAUGAAUGCUCUUCUGAACCUUGCCUGAACAGAGGUGUAUGUCAUGAUGGAAUAAAUAAUUUCACAUGUACCUGCACUGCUCAAUAUGCUGGAGACCUGUGUGAGAACGUGGUUGGACCAUGUGAUUCUUGUUUAAACAAUGGGAGCUGUGUCUACACAGAGACAGGUUAUUACUGCAGAUGCAUGCCAGGGUUUAUUGGAAGAAACUGUGAGGAACUGAUAGACAGCUGCAAGUUCUUUAACAUCAGCUGCUUUCAUUCAGGACAGUGUCUGAACUUAAUUGAUGGUUUUGCUCUUCAAAAGAUUAAACCACUUGGAAGAAAAACAAGAGAAAUGGGAAUGCAAGUCUUAGAUCAUGUUUACUUGAAGUGA